AUUGCAGUGCAUUCAGUGCUCUGCAUUCGGCAUGAACAAGUAUAAAACACCAUCAGCUAAAGAAAAUGAACAGGAAUUUGCUUCGAUUCAGCCCUGAAAUGUGUCGAUAGAAUCUGAUUGCGUCUAUACCGACUUCACGUGAGGCAGCAUUGAAAUUUUAUCACUGGUUACACAUUCGUUCGCCAAUUCCAAAGCCGCUGUCGUGGCCACAAAGUGCCUAUUGCAAUACCCGGAGGCAAGUUAAAAGUCGUCAAGGGAGCAAACAAGAAAUCGCCUCCCCUAAAGAAGAAUUUCCCAGUAUUUGGCCAACUGUCAAAAUCUAGAAACAUCUAGAAAAGUUGCACACUAUAUUUCAAACAAUUAAUCAUCUUGUCGCUAGAGUAUACUAGCGUAUAUAGUCAAUACCUUUCGAUUUUUCACAGACUGAUGCAAUGCAUUCGUGGUGGCUGAUUUCUGUGCUCGUCAUUGGUGUCCUCUUUGACGUGGAUGCUACGCAAAACUGUCCUUAUCACCAAAAAGCUACUCUUUACGAAGACAAUCCAUCGGGAUAUCUUUACAAACUGCCUACGUAUGCAGAACAACCAGCUGUUGCUUCGUCUGCAGGGUUCAACCACGGACUUACCGGAGGCUAUAAACGUCUGGGAUACGAUACCCAGAAGAACGAUUGUCGCAGUAUCGGAGGUUUGAAGUCUCAAUGCCGUUCAGCUAAAGAUUGCGCGAUAUGGUACGAUGAUGUUCGCACUAUUCCGGGCAAUACCUGCGUACUUGCUAAUGGAAUUGGCCAUGGGAUUUGCUGCCCGGAUCUUCCCAUCAACAGAGGUGAUGCAGCGAGCCUAUUUGAAACACCGAGGCCGUGUAAGAAAGGGGUGAAAUUAGAUGCACGUUUCGAAAGAAUCGAGCAGGGCUGGGUGAACGAAGCUUAUCGUGCUGGUCGAUUGUAUAUGGAAUCAAUGAUGGAAUCUGAGAGACGUCUGGCGGAGAACGAGAUCACGGUCAGACGUAAUUCAUCCCGUUAUAUGCACAGCACAAUUUUCUUUCAAUCUAAAGAAAAUUCCGUUAAAAUCGGCAACAGCUCUUUGUACGCAGUCUUUGCAGCUCAGCAAUUCGUCAAAAGGUAUCGGGUUAAGGCGGAACAGGCUGCGUGUAUUUUGAACCGAUAUCAUGUCAAGGAGGCAGGCAUUUACAGCGAGUGUCCCUUUUAUCCCGAAUGUAAUCAAGAAAUGGUGACCUCUCCCUAUCGAACGAUAACUGGGGUAUGCAACAAUGUUCAUCCUCCUGGAAGUGUUCCAUGGGGGGUGCCGAAUACCAGAUAUCAGCGUGCUCUUGCACCGGAAUAUGCAGAUGGUGUGUGGGAACCUCGCCGGGCUAAAAAUGGGGACCAAUUACCUCCACCGCGCCUGUUAUCUCUCUCCUUGAUUCGCGAUGUCUACGUCCCCAGCGAAAGCGAUACCACGUGGGUUAUGCAAUUUGGACAGUUUGUGGAUCACGAUAUGUUGGAGACUGCGGAAUCAAAGUUGGUGGAUGGAUCGGCAGUCCCGUGUUGCACGGAUGGUGGAGACUUUCUUUCAGAAGAAAAUCUCAGUCAUGGCAAAUGUAUUCCGAUAACAAUUCCGGAAGAUGACCCAUUUUACUCUCGUUUCGGUCAACGUUGCAUGGAAUUUGCACGCUCGGCUCCCGCGUGCAGAGAGAAUGGUCGAUUGGGUUAUGUGGAUCAGAUGAAUCAAAACACACAUUUUUUGGACCUCUCGGCGGUGUAUGGUUCAGACGAGCAACUGGCUCGUGAUUUAAGGACGUUUAAAAAUGGAGCCUUGAAUGUAACUCGAGUCAAAGGAAAGGGUAAGCAUUGCAUCAUGGAUUUGCCGCCUCCCGACGACGUUGGUCCGGAGAUUUCAACGUGUGCGCUAUCCAAAGCCGUUAGCGGAAUAGAUCCACCGCCAGAAGUCAGAUGCUUUAAAGCAGGUGAUAAUCGGAUUAAUGUCACUCCAUACAUGGUUGCUUCACAAACUGUUAUUGCUCGCCAGCAUAACCGAAUUGCUGAACAGCUUGCUGCCAUGAACGCUCACUGGGAUGACGAGAGGGUCUUUCAAGAGAGCAGGCGGAUUUCGGUCGCUCAAUGGCAACACAUCGUCUAUAACGAAUACGUGCCUGUUCUCUGCGGACGAGAGAAAAUGCAGCAACUUGGAAUGCUGCCACUUCGAUACGGUUUCAGCACGGAUUACGAUGCGCGAGUGAAUCCGUCCAUUUUGAACGAAUUUGCUGCGGCCGCCUUUCGUUACGGCCAUUCGCUCGUUCCAGGGAAACAAAGUCUCAUCAACCAAGAAGGGGUGAACGAAAAAGAUCUACUUCUUCGUCAGCAUUUUUUCAAAACGCAAGAGGCUUAUCCACCUGGAAACAUCGACAAGCUUCUCAUAGCCAUGGCAACUAUUCCCGGUCAAACAGUAGACAACGUAUUCACCGAGGAGGUCACCAAUCACUUGUUUGAAGAGGAAGGUAAAGGUUUCGGCAUGGAUUUGGUAUCCCUCAAUAUUCAACGUGGCCGUGAUCAAGGUUUGCCUGGUUACAAUGAAUAUCGCCUUCUUUGUGGCCUUCCUCGCGCUAAACAUUUCAGUGACCUUCUCGAUGUUCUCUCGCCAGAGAUUGUUGAGAAAUUCGAGUUGCUGUACGCCAAUGUGGACGACAUCGAUUUGUACAUUGCAGGCAUUUCGGAGCGCCCGGCUCCAGGAGCUUUGGUGGGCCCCACGUUCCAGUGCAUCAUUGCCGAUCAGUUUGCAAGACUGAAACGCGGUGAUCGUUACUUUUACGAUCUUGCUGGCCAGGCCGGCUCAUUCACUGAAGAUCAAUUGAAUGAAAUCCGCAAGGCGAGUUAUGCCCGUUUGAUCUGUGACAACAGUCACGUCCAGUCAACCCAACCACUCAUCUUUAAAUCAAUCUCUGAUGCGAAUCCGAUUGUGGAUUGCAACUGUCUGGCCUCCAUUCCUCGUAUGAGCCUUCUUCCAUGGAAAGAAGUCGAUUCGACAUCCUGGAACAUUGGCCAAGAUGGGGUCAAAUGGUUUCCGGAUUGUGAUUACGUCGGUUACGAAAUUGCGUACGUUGAAAACCUCGGUGAAGCAGAAAAAUGUGCCAGGAAGUGCAUCGAUACAGUAGGAUGUAAUGCAUUUCGGGCCAAUGGCAGUUGGUGUACCCUGAAGGCAAUACCAAAGUGGCUACAACGGACACGACUCACUGGCGGAAUAUGUGGUCUCCUUCCGGAGAAAUUCUUUUAAUUUAUUUUUCUUGCUAUCUAAUUCCCCGGAUUCCAAAGUUUGCCAAUAAUUUUGCAGAUGAGCUCGAAUGAACGCCGAAUUUCCAAAGCCGUUACGAGCCCAAAUUAUAACUGAAUUCUAGAAAUCGUUGUCCGGUUGUGGUUUCCUCAAAAGAACAGUGCAUACACAAUGUGUUUUCCCUUA